ACCAUGACUUUUCUCAUGUUUAAAUAAAACCAAAACGUUAUUAACAAGGUAUACCACCAUACCGGCCGUUGAAACAAUUGAAACGAAACUCGGGCGAAAAAUCUGAGAGCUUUACUUUGGAAAUGGCGACUGUUUCCAAGCUCUCCAAUCCAACCCUUGCAUAUUCAUCAUCAACAUCUAGAAGAUCACCCAACGCCCCUUUAUGCUUCGUGGAUCUCCGAAGUAGACCCUCUUCCGGCGCCCGAAUUUCAUCCUCUAAGAAGUUGACCUGGCCCAACCCUUAUUUUAAGGGAUCCCUCGUUGUUAGGUGCUCUCAAUCCGUAGGAAAUAGAAUCCCAAUCAAGAGAACAAGUCUACAUGAUCUAUAUGAGAAGCAAGGGCAGAGCCCAUGGUACGAUAACCUGUGUCGGCCUGUUACUGAUCUAAUUCCAUUGAUUGAGAGCGGUGUAAGAGGUGUUACCAGCAAUCCAGCGAUAUUCCAGAAGGCUAUAUCUACUUCAAGUGCCUACAAUGACCAAUUCUGGGAACUAGUACAAGCUGGGAAAGAUAUUAAAAGCCUGUAUUGGGAACUUGUGGUAAAAGACAUCCAAGAUGCGUGCAAACUCUUUGAGCAGAUUUAUGAUGAAACAGAUGCAGGGGAUGGCUAUGUCUCAGUUGAAGUAUCACCUCUACUGGCUGAUGAUACUGAAGGUACUGUUGAGGCUGCAAAGCGGCUUCACAAAAAGGUUGACAGGCGUAAUGUCUACAUUAAAAUUCCUGCUACAGCCCCAUGCAUUCCUUCCAUCAAGGAAGUCAUUGCAAAUGGAAUCAGUGUCAAUGUAACGCUCAUAUUCUCACUCGCAAGAUAUGAAGCCGUCAUUGAUGCUUACCUGGAUGGUCUUGAGGCUUCUGGCCUUGAUGACCUCUCCAAAGUUACAAGUGUUGCUUCCUUUUUCGUUAGUCGUGUAGACACACUCGUUGAUAAGAUGCUGGAGAAAAUUGGAACACCAGAGGCUCUUGAUCUUCGUGGGAAGGCUGCAAAUGCUCAAGCUGCUUUGGCUUUCCAGCUGUAUCAGAAGAAAUUUUCUGGUCCAAGAUGGGAGGCUCUGGUGAAGAAAGGUGCUAAAAAGCAGAGACUGCUUUGGGCAUCAACCAGCGUCAAGAAUCCAGCCUAUUCCGACACUUUGUAUGUGGAUCCUCUCAUUGGACCAGACACGGUUUCAACCAUGCCUGAUCAAGCUCUUCUUGCAUUUAUCGAUCACGGUUCCGUUGCAAGGACAAUCGACUCAAAUGUGUCUGAGGCAGAGGGAAUUUACAGCGCCGUUGAGAAGUUGGGGGUUGACUGGAAGUAUGUUGGCGAUAAACUUGAAGUUGAAGGUGUGGACUCCUUCAAGAAGAGUUUUGAUAGCUUGCUUGAUAGUUUGCAGGAGAAGGCUAACUCCAUCAAGCCAGUUUCCCUGUAAAAAUUUCCUGUAAAACACACAAUUUUAGUUUUACCCAGCAGAAGGCUUGAACUUAGUCCUAAGAAUAAAUAGCAAUUCUAGCUGGAUUUGAAUUUUGAAGAGUGAGCCUUUUUAAUGUAUAAAACUAUAAAUAAGUAGCAUGAUGAUUGAUGAGUUUGAUCUCGGAAACAAAUUACUCUCUGCUGGACCUAUGUGCAUUCGAAUUAAAUAUAUUUC